AGGCACCUCCGCAGAGCAGGCUGCCAGCAGCCCGUCGUCAGCCCCAAGAGGACUUUGCAGCCCUCUGCCUUCCGCCUGUCCGAGCGGCGUGGCCACCUGCCCGCAGAUGGAGCUGGACCAAAUGAAGAGUGGCGGCCUCCACGCCUACCCCGGGCCGCGGGGCGGGCCGGUGGCCAAGCCCAACGUGAUCCUGCAGAUCGGUAAGUGCCGGACGGAGAUGCUGGAGCAUGUGCGGAGGACCCACCGGCACCUGCUGGCCGAGGUGUCCAAGCAGGUGGAGCGCGAGCUGAAGGGGCUGCACAGGUCGGUGGGCAAGCUGGAGAGCAACCUGGACGGCUACGUGCCCACCAGCGACUCGCAGCGCUGGAAGAAGUCCAUCAAGGCGUGCCUCUGCCGCUGCCAGGAGACCAUCGCCAACCUGGAGCGCUGGGUCAAGCGCGAGAUGCACGUGUGGCGGGAGAUCUUCUACCGGCUGGAGAGGUGGGCGGACCGCCUGGAGGCUAUGGGCACCAAGUACCAGGUGGGCAGCGAGCCAGCCCGCCACACGGCCUCCGUGGGCGUGGGGGGUCCUGAGAGCUAUGGCCAGGACGCUGAUGGCUACGACUACACGGUCAGCCCCUACGCCAUCACCCCGCCGCCCGCCACUGGCGAGCUGCCUGGGCAGGAGCCCGUGGAGGCCCAGCAGUACCCACCCUGGGGGACCGGUGAGGACGGGCAGCUGAGCCCCGGCGUGGACACUCAGAUCUUCGAGGACCCGAGGGAGUUCCUCAGCCACCUGGAGGAGUACCUGCGACAGGUGGGCGGCUCCGAGGAGUACUGGCUGUCACAGAUUCAGAACCACAUGAACGGGCCGGCCAAGAAGUGGUGGGAGUUCAAGCAGGGCUCAGUGAAGAACUGGGUGGAGUUCAAGAAGGAGUUCCUGCAGUACAGCGAGGGCACACUGUCCCGCGAGGCCAUCCAGCGCGAGCUCGACUUGCCGCAGAAGCAGGGGGAGCCGCUGGACCAGUUCCUGUGGCGCAAGCGGGACCUGUACCAGACGCUCUACGUGGACGCCGACGAGGAGGAGAUCAUCCAGUACGUGGUGGGCACCCUGCAGCCCAAGCUCAAGCGCUUCCUGCGCCACCCGCUGCCCAAGACUCUGGAGCAGCUCAUCCAGAGGGGCAUGGAGGUGCAGGACGGCCUGGAGCAGGCGGCCGAGCCAGCCGGCCCCCGCCUGCCCGCCGAGGACGAGGGCGAGGCCGAGACCCUCACGCCGGCCCUCACCAGUGAGUCUGUAGCCAGUGACCGGACCCAGCCGGAAUAGAGGGCGGCCCGGGCCCCAGCCUGCCCACCACAGCCGCCUGUGGCCUUACCAUCCAGGACUCACGGGCGGGAAGGACUGCUGCAGGGGGGAGCCCUCAUCCUCAUCCAGCCGGGCCCCCGCCUCAGCCUCCCAGCCUGACUCGCACAGACACACGCCAUCCAGAUGUGGGCAGUGCUCCCCAAACAGCAAAGGAGCCCUUCUCCCCUGCAGGGCCCUUGCCCCAGUGCCCUCCCUCCGUCUGUCUUCCCCGGCCCUGGGUCUGCCUGGGCCGGGGCUCGGACU